ACAGAAAACUUAUUUACAAGUUUUUCAAAGAAAUAUCAUUAUGAUUUCCACUUCUUCACUUCUUAUCCUUGUCGUCCUUCUCGCCUGCUUCAUGGCUGCCAGCGCCCAGUGGGGAUACGGUGGAAUGCCAUAUGGUGGAUACGGUGGAAUGGGAGGCUACGGAAUGGGAGGAUACGGAAUGGGAUACAGACGGCGCAUGUGGGGAAGCCCAUACGGUGGAUAUGGAGGAUACGGUGGAUACGGUGGAUGGGGAAAGUAAAUUCGAUAUUUUAAAUAAUCUUCUGACUUUGUAAAUAAUAAUGAAUUUUCGAUCUUU